GAACUAUAAACAAGAAACAAGGCAACACGAUACGGAGCGGUUAAGGCUAGAAGUUGCUUUGUGUUUAUUUGAAAAAAAUACGAAGUUAAAGUUUUGUAAUGGACAUUCCAAUAUCUGUUAAAACUUCAAAUAAAGAGGGUGUAAUAGAACUACAUAGAAAAGGUGAUAAAUUAGAAGGUAGCUUUACUGUAGCAUUAAAUUUAUCAGUAGAACCUGGGCGCUAUAUACUUUACCGUUUACGUGUAAAGGAACUUUCCAUUGUCUUUUCCAAGACAUAUGGACUGUUGUCCAGAUUUGUAGGUGGAGGGGCCCAUGUAAUGCCAAAUCUUUCUUCCCACCGCGACAGUAUAUACAUUUAUACGGACCUGAGCCUCUCUUCCUCCGUGCAUCUAUCGACGAUACGCCUUGAAUAUAUCGAAGUGAGUGCUGCUGAGGCUGAGGGUUUACUGCAGAGUGAAGUUGGACGAUCCACCUGCCGGCCAUUCUUUUCACAUGGCGAAGAGUCCAUUUAUGACGUCAAGUGUGUGGUCAAACACGCAGUCUCUACUUAUUCCUCCGAACAGAAGGUGAUUUGUACCUUAUCAGUAGUAGCAGUGCUCGCAGUCUUGACAAUUUUUACGGUCCGAAAGCUGUCUAUACGUAGUUAACGUUUUACGUUAUGUUGGGGAAAUAAGUUACUGUAUGAUAACAUGCUUAUAAAUAAAGAAAAUAAAAGCAUUGAACUGCAACACCAAUUAGAACUAUCAAAAGUCAAGUAGUCCACAUGCAUUUAGUCGCAUUUAUCUAAGGUGUGAUUCCUUUUGACUUUACUUGAAAAUUCUAAUGAUAUAUAUUGGAAUGCAUCUCUUUAUUUUUUAUUUGCCAUAUUAUCAGUUAAUUAUUGGUAAUCAUGUUUCCUAUAAACAAUUCAGUUCACUUUUUUAUUACCCUUCAGAUAAGCUAUUGUAACUAUUAUCUAUCUCCCCUCCCAAAAAAACAUUAAUAAUAAUAAUUAAUAUACGUAGGAUAGUAUCUCCAGAUUUGAGAUUAUUUGAGGGUGUAUUCUUCUCCAUUUUUGACAGUUCUGUACGAAUAUUUUCUUUUCCUUUGGAUUAGUGGAGAUGUGUGGGUAUACUUGGGGGUUGAAAUUAAUAUCCAUUACUUAAAUAAGUUUACUUGUAGCUUCUAUAUCGAUACGGUUUAUUGAAUAGGUUCAUUAUUGUGCUAUAGUGUAAAAUUAAAAAAAAAUUAUUAUUACUUUGACAAUUAGUAGA